AAUAUAUGCACUUCCAACAUAUAUCCACAUCCAAGAAAAUGCCUUCUCCUGGCCUCAAAAGAAGCGUACUUUCCGUUCUUCCUCUUCUUCUUCUUUUAUCAAUCACUCCUUUGUCUUCAUCUUUUUCUCCAAGUGACAAAGUCACAAAAGAAUUACUUAACGAACUCUGUUCACAACCGACAAUAGAAACCAACUUCUGCUUCUUUUGGCUAACCACUGAUCCAAAAACGUUGACCCUCGACUUGAAUGGUCUUCUCGAUUUGGUCAUGCGAAGGUCGUAUUAUUUGGGCUAUAGUAACCUAAUGAUGAUGAAAGGCUUAGCAAGAACCACGACUGAUUCGAAGCUCAAAAACUCGUAUGGGUCUUGUAUAACAUAUUAUGAGUCAGCCGUUAAAUUGAACGCGGAAGCUAUAGGGUUUGUUAGCUCUAAGAACUACUUGUUAACAUCUCAGUCGGCUGCCAAAGCCUUUGUUAUUAUAGCUGUGUGUGAAGCUGUUCUUACUGGACGUAAAAAUGUGCCGGCUUAUGUUCCAGAACGCAAUAUAGUGUAUAACAGAAUGUGUAACAUUGGUAGAGUUUUCUCAGACGUUUUGAGGUCGUGAUUAUGUGUGUAACUUUCACCUGCA